GGUUUGAACUGGCCGUUGCUAUGUGUGUUUUCUUAAAUGUUUCGUUUGAUAAGAUCAUUUAUUAAACUUUUAUGAAAUUGAUAAGUUAUGCCCAUCACAUUUGAAAAGCUGUGUGACAACUAAUGUUUUGCUUGUAGUUUCUAAAUUCAUUUGAUUUCUUUUUAUUUCUCUUUAAAGAUUCUUUAUUACUUUACUGGUUUGUCAUCAGUUACUGCCUAGCAAUGGCAAGUGGUUACCAAUCUGGAGAUCUUUGUAGUGAUUUAUGGUUUCAGAUUUUCUCUUGUUGCAUUAAUCAACCUCCUCAACAGAAAAGAAAUCAAAGACAUGCUAGGAUUGACAGAUCCAUGAUUGGAGAACCAACUAAUUUUCAGCAUACCGGUCAUAUCGGGUCUGGUGAUAUUGAACUUGUCAAUUCCCAGCUAAGGGCUAUCCAAAAGCAAAUGCAGUCUAAAGGAGGCUAUGAGUUGGCAUUAGCCCAGAGAUCUUACAGUUGAUGUAUAUAACAUUUUUGGGGUUUACAGCUACAGUAUGUUGGUAUAGUAUUCUGUAAAAGAGUACCUAUGUAUGGUAAUAUAAAUAUAAGUUAAGAAUUUGACAGGUUCAGUGGAUAGGAUCAAUAAUUAUAAUUAUCAAAAUUUAUUUAAUAGUUAUGGACAGGUUUUGUUAAGUAAUAUUUCGUUUUAGGAUACUGAAUAAUUAAACUCAGUCGAGAAGGAUUUUAUUUUGGUAUACUUUUCCUGAUUUAUUGUGCAUUUCUACUUUAUUUUUUUAUCCUAGUGUAACCAUGUAGGCGAAGAAUUUUUACUGCAUGAUAUUUUCUAAUAUUAGGUUCUGAUUAUAAUUCUUUCAAACAUAAAGAUAUUUGUUGGAUAGUCAUUUGAUAUAAUGUUCAUGAAGUUAUGCAUUUUAGUUAUUAUAUAGUUAGUUAAAGAUCUGUUAUACUUUACUUUGUUCGACAUUUUUGGUAAUUGUUUUUGAAAUUAUGAAAAAGUUAAAUCUAUACAGGCUAUUCUGAAAAUCUUGUUUUAGUAAUAAUGAUACAUAUAGUUCAUGUUAUUAUUUUUCAGUAGAGAUUCUUAAAUAUUGCUUACUAAAUCCCUGUUAAGAAAUUCA